UCAACAUAGAUGUUAGUCCAGAUCGUACUUGGUAAAAUUAAGACGUGCCUGGUUUCGCACACCCAUGACCUGGAGAAAUAAAUCAGUACAGUUUAGUACAUUCAGUUUAAUUUGACGGACAGGCAUAUAGCAUUUCUGAACCAAAGAUGAAGAGGUGGAUCUGGGGGAGGUCAAUCCAGCCUCUUUCAAUCCCAGAUGCUGAAAUCCAAAAUCAAAUAAAAAACUAAUGAAUAAAAUUGGCAAUAAAAAUUAGUGAAUGUGGUUGAAAACUGACAUACUAAGAGAAUAGGAAUACAAGCAAGUAUACAUAAAAAUGAAAAGGCGACUCUUACUGCUGAACAGGUUUUGGGGUAGCUGAAUAUAGUGAAGUCUCCCACUAAAUCACAACCUUAGUCAUCACAAUAAAACAUUGAUCUGCGUCCAGAGGCUCAACACUUGAGAGAUGCCGUCUAAAUUGAUGAUUUGUAACAGUACGGACCUAAAGGAUUAGUUUGCUUCCGGAGUAAGUAAGUGAGUGCUGCUGUCGGAGGAAUGAGCAGACUGGUUUAGCCAAUAGAAAGACAAGAGUACUGUAAGUCAAAUAACCAUCUCUGAAGACAAGACGUGUCAAACCUUGAUGAGCUCCAGCAGGAGAAAACCACUGCUGUCAUCUGGGAACUGCAGUUUAGAACUGAAGAACUGGGAACUGAAGUGUGCAAAUAAAACUGGAAAAGGGUUUCAGGUUAGAAUCUUGGUUUCUGCUGCAACAUUCAAGAAUCAUAGAGUCAGAAUUUGGCAACUAUAAAUGAGCGAGUACAUCCUUGAUUCAAUGGUUCAGCUGCUGGUGGAGUAAUGGUGUGGGAUGUUUUCUUGACGCACUUUGAGUAUUGACGUUGACCAUAUCCACCCAUUUGUGACCACAGUGAAACCCUCACUUCCAGCCGGAUAAUGGACAUGCAGCAAAACUCAAACCAUCUCAAACUGGUUUCUAACGGCGUGUUCGCUGUACGCAAAUGUCUCAUUUCAACUCAGUCUUACAUCCGUUUGUUAUAUAGGCAUGAAAUUUUAUCUCAUCAAUUCACACAUACCAAUUUUCAUUUUUUCCCAUGUUCCUCAACAUAAAUUUUAACCUAUUGUAUAUUGUCUGCAAUAUCUUUCGUACUAAUACAUUCUCCCUCCUGAGUCCUGACGAUCAAAACAAUUGUAUUUACAUUGCACCAUGAGCAUGUACCACAAGUACUUUUGCAAUUUAUUCAAGAUACAUGAAUAUACAUAAGUCUUCUGAGGCAGAGGAACACAAAAAAGAGGAAAUUUGUGUCUGAACGUAAACUAAUAGAUCAAAUUUUGUGACAAAAUAACGAAAAGUGGCAUACUUAAAAAAUGAUAACCCAGGCUCAAUGGAGAUAUGUGCACAGGGCUAAAUUUUUGAAAAUCGUGAAAUAUGGGCCAUCUUUAAAAAAACCAACUAGAAGGGAAAAUCCAUCGCGUCCAUGUAUAUUUACCACAAUUUGUACCAUCCUUCGAACCAUCCUUCGUUGGACUCGAAUCCCACUCCGAAAUAAAACGCCAUACAUGGUGAGCUACUGAGCAAACUGACCACACUAAACUAGACAUCCAUACUAAGAUAAGUGGUCAGCUGUAGCUCGAAAAGGAAACAGAAAUUAUCAGCAGUGUGUGUAUAACUCGCAAUUACAACUUUUUACCUCAGAAUUCUCACUUUACCACUCGCAAUUGCGACUUUUUAUCUCAAAAUCCUGACUUAAUAAUUUGCAUUUGCGAAUGUUUACCUCAGAAUUCUGACUUUAUAACUCGCAAUUAUGACCUUUUGCCUCAGAAUUCUGACUUUACGACUCGCAAUUGCGACUUUUUAUCUCAAAAUCCUGACUUAAUAAUUUGCAUUUGCGAAUGUUUACCUCAGAAUUCUGACUUUAUAACUCGCAAUUAUGACCUUUUGCCUCAGAAUUCUGACUUUACGACUCGCAAUUGCGACUUUUUAUCUCAAAAUCCUGACUUAAUAAUUUGCAUUUGCGAAUGUUUACCUCAGAAUUCUGACUUUAUAACUCGCAAUUAUGACCUUUUGCCUCAGAAUUCUCACUUUACGACUCACAAUUGCGACUUUUUAUCUCAAAAUCUUGACUUAAUAACUUGCAAUUGCGAAUUUUUACCUCAGUAUUUUGACUUUACGACUCGCAAUCGUCACUUUUUACCUCAGAAUUCUGACUUUAUAAUUCACAAUUAUCACUUUUUACCUCAGAAUUCUGACUUUAUAACUCACAAUUGCGACUUUUUACCCCAGAAUUCUAACUUAAUAACUCACAAUUGCAAAUUUUUACCUCAGAAUUUUGACUUUAUAACUCACAAUCGUGACUUUUUACCUCAGAAUUCUGACUUCAUAACUUAAUUAGAAUUAAAAUAUCACAUCAAAACGAUUAUCUUUUACAUCACUCAUCUUUUAUCUAAUUGUGAAACUACUGAAAAACAAAGUACCAUAAAAGCUAGUCAAGAAUGCACUGCAAAGAAACAUUUGAUGGUAGCAAAUCAAAAAUAGGAUAUAUUUAUGCUUAUUUUUGAACGAUGGAGUAUAAAAAUCCUGUUUACAAAAAGUGCUGUGAAGAAGCCGCCAUUAAAACAAUGCUAGCUGCAGUCUCUGUCAGCAAAUGUUUAUUUGAAUGUUCUGCUAAUGACACUGAGUUUCAUAUUUCAGUAAAUGAGAGCGACUGCAGUGAGAAACCCGAUCCCUCAUGAAUCUGGCUGGCCAACUUGACUCUGUUCCAGUGUAUUUGAUGGUAUAAUGCUCCAGUAAUCACAUUUGACCAAUUGGACAUUAGCUCUGUUUAUGAGAAGUGAAUAUCGACUUGAGCCGUACAAGCAAACUUUGGUAAAUGUAUACUGCACAGUCAUUCUGCCUUUUUUGAGGCUCGUAACGCAAUUUAGCCUCCAUUUGCACAUAAAGCCAAUAUUGUAAAGCUGACGGUUCCUCCAGAUCUAACACUGCAUGGCAAGCCUUAAUAUAUAUUAUACACAAAUGAAAUUUUCUUUUUAACAAACAUUUUAGUGUGAUAAAUUAAAAUAAGAUAUUGAGUAAUCAUUGGAUUAAUAAUUUUACAUUACAGUACAAUUACUAAAUUUCAUGUCUAAAUCUGCGUCCCCUCAUUCAACUGUAAUUUUGUUUUCAUCUGUAACUCCUAACAAAAUACAUGAUUCUGACGUUAUAACUCACAAUUGCGACUUUUUACCAAAGAAUUCUGACUUCAUAGCUUUUUGAAAAAUUAAAAUAUCACAUCAGAGGGAAUACUUUUUACAUCGUUCAUCGUUGAAACUACUGGAAAACGAAGUCGCAAUCACGACUUUUUACCCCAGAAUUGGCAUUAUAACUCGCAAUCGCGACUUUUUACCUCAGAAUUCUGACUUUAUAACUCGCAAUCGCGACUUUUUACCUCAGAAUUGGCACUCUAACUCGCAAUCACGACUUUUUACCUCAGAAUUCAGACUUUAUAACUCGCAAUCCCGACUUUUUACCUCAGAAUUCUGUCUAUGACUCGCAAUCCAACUUUUUACCUCAGAAUUCGGAAAUGCGAAUUUUCACUUUGGAAAUUGGAUUUUAUAAAUCAAUCUUGACUUUUUACCUUAGAAUUUUGACUUUAUAACUGGUAAUUGUGACUUUUUACCUCAGAAUUACUUUAUUACUCGCAAUAGCAACUUUUUACCUCAGAAUUUAGAAAUGCUAAUUUUUACUUUGAAAAUUAGAUUUUAUAAAUUAAUCGUGACUUUUUACCUCAGAUUUCUGACUUUAUAACUCGCAAUUACUUUUUACCUCAGAAUUCUUAAUAUAACUCGUAAUUAUGACUUUCUACCUCAGAACUCUUGACUUUACAACUCACAAUCAUGACUUUUUACCUCAGAAUUCGGAAUGUAAAUUCGAUUUUAUAAAUCAAUCUUUACCUUUUACCUCAGAAUUUUAUCUUUAUAAUUUGCAACAUUGACUUUUUACCUCAGAAUUCGUACUUUAUUACUCGCAAUCGCAAACUUUUUACCUCAGAAUUUAGAAAUGCAAGUUUUUACCUUGAAAAUUAGAUUUUAUAAAUCAAUCGUGACUUUUUACCUUAAAUUUCUGACUUUAUAACUUACAAUUAUGACUUUUUACCUCAGAAUUCUGACUAUAAUUCGCAAUUAUGACUUUUUAUCUCAGAAUUCUUACUUUAUAACUCACAAUUACGACUUUUUAUCUCAGAAUUCUGACUUUGUUACUUGCAAUCGCGACUUUUUACCUCAGAAUUCUGACUUUGUUACUUGCAAUCGCGACUUUUUACCUCAGAAUUCUGACUUUAUUACUCGCAAUCGCGACUUUUUACCUUGGAAAUUGGAUUUUAUAAAUCAAUUAUGCCUUUUUACCUCAGAAUUUUGACUUUAUAACUCGCAAUCGUGACUUUUUACCUCAGAAAUCUGACGCUAUCAUUUGCAAUUGUGACUUUUUACCUCUUAAUUCAUACUUUCUAACUCACAAUUAUCACUUUUAUCUAAGAAUUCUGACAUUGUAACUCGCAGUUAAGACUUUUUACCUCAGAAUUGUGACGUUUUGCAAGUGACUUACCUCAUAAGUGUGAUUAUAACUCGCAAUGACUGUUAACCUCAGAAUUCUAACUUUAUAAUUCAGAAAUGUGAGUUAAUAUCCCACAAAAUUGGCUUACAGCUCGCAAUUUCAAGAAGAAAAGUCGCAAUAACCUUUUUGUUUUUAAUUCAGUAGCAGAAACAGGCUUCCAAACCUAUCACAGCUGAUUAUGCACUUGAACUUAAAUCCUUUUCUAGCCUUAAUAACAUCGCCAAUAUCGAUCCGUAAUCACAAGAAGCUCCAGCAAACAAUUGCACCCUGUUCAUCAGCAUUACUCACUCCUCGCUAAUCUCAUUACGCUGUAAGAUGAACUGUAUAACGCAAAAUGAAAUAUAGCUCAGCGCAUCAGUAAGGCUGGUGUUUAUAGUUUGAGCAGUAAUGGCUCCAUUCAAACCCACAGAGAAACAGUGCCAUGCAUUUUUAAUCAGGUGGCUUUAUAAAAGUCACCUUCUUCAUUCUGAGGGACGGAAACUCAAACAGACUGACGGAGAGCGCAGAAGAUGGUGAUUUAAUAACAUUUGCUCUACAAUUUAAUUUGUUUUUGUGUGUGUGUGUGUGUGUGUGUGUGUGCAUGAACAGAGCUACACAACACACUUCUCCAGAGUUGAUUCAGAAAGUAAAUUUGGUGCAUGCCUGAAGGAGCAUCAGAUAUCUAAUGCAUAGAAAGCAUGAGAGCGAGGACGUUUCUCAGUGUUGCUCCCGUGUUUCUGGGCAUCUCCUGCGCUGCGCUGAAAAACUGUGCGGAGAUCCAGUGUGAGGAAGACCAGGAAUGCUGCAAUCCUCAGAACAGCAGCCAACAGAACGCCCAAUGCUGUAAAGUGCACAGUUUUCUGGAUAACCUGGACUGGCUGGUGCGCAGACUGUCGGGUCUGCUGAUCCUGCUGCUGCUCUUCAUUGUGGGAUACUUCAUCCAGCGGGUGGUGUGUCCCCGUCCCAGACGCCAGUCUCCAGAGGAGCCGUCUCUCCUGCACGGACACACAUUAUCCCAGGACUCGCUCUCAGGGGGAUUCAGCUCUCCGGUUCUGCUGCUUCCGACUUAUGAGGAGGUGAAAAAUCUGCCCACAUAUGAGGAGAUCAUGAUGGAAGGCAAUGGAGACGCUCUGAACUCAAACGCAGGAGCGCUGCAGACGGCGAGAAGAGCCAGAAACUCUCUGUAAACUCCUGCCUUUUAUAUUGUGUGUGUUUUCUUAGCACUAUUGCAUGCACAAUGUGUGUUAGUAGCUGAUGUGAAUACAGUGUGUGUGUCUCAGAUGCCAGAUUUUUUCAGAUUGUGAAACAUGACAGUGGUUUCAAUGGUUUUAAAGAGGCUGUGGCAAAAAUCUGUAAGCUAUUGGUUAACAGUAAGAUCCUUAAAUGGACAGUUCACCCAAAAAUUUACAUUUAAAGAGUUAAACCACUUUUUUCCACACUUUUUUGUAUUUUUUUUUAAGCGAGAUGCUAAUGGUCUAAUCUGAUUCAAUGAUCUAUGCUAAGCUAAGCUAAAAGUGCUUCAAUCCUCCAGAUUUUCUGCUUCCGACAUAUGAGGAGGUGAAAAAUCAUGAUGGAGACGCUCUGAACUCAAAGACAGGAGCGCUGCAGACGGCUAGAAGAGCCAGAAACUCUCUGUCAUUAUAUAUUGUGUCCUCUGUGUGAAGAGUUGAUGUUUUAACAGACGUUUUGGCUCUAUUAUAAAUAAGCACAUAUCUAUAAUAAUAUCUAAUAUCUUUAAUACACUUUACAGAUUCUAUUGUUUCAGUGUAGCAGCUGUUUUGCAUUCGGUUUGUUUCACAAUGUGAUUUCUAGCUCUAUGCGUGCAGAAAAAUGUGUUAAUGGCUGAUCUGAGUGCAGUGCGGGUUAUAAUUUUCACAUGAUUACAGUGCUUGAAAUGCCACAUUUUUUUAGGAUUGUAAAACAUGACAGUGAUUUCAAUGGUUUUAAAGAGGCUGUGGUAAAAAUCUGUAAGCUAUUGGUUAGCAGUAAGAUCCUUAAAGAGAUAGUUCACCCAAAAAUUAACAUUUAAAGAGUUUUACCCUUUAUUCCCCACUUUUUUGUAUUUUUUUCUUUUUGAGCGAGAUGCUAAUGGUCUAAUCUGAUUCAAUGAUUUAUGCUAAGCUAAGCUAAAAGUGCUUCAAUUCUCCAGUUUUUCUGCUUCCGACAUAUGAGGAGGUGAAAAAUCAUGAUGGAGACGCUCUGAACUCAAACACAGGAGCGCUGCAGACGAGCCAGAAACUCUCUGUCAUUAUAUAUUGUGUCCUCUGUGUGACGAGUUGAUGUUUUAACAGACGUUUUGGCUCUAUUAUAAAUAAACGCAAAUCUAUAAUGACAUCUAAUAUCUAUAAUACAAUUUAAAAAUUAAAUUGUUUCAGUG